AUGAAUAAUAUUUUUUUUAAAAGAAAUUAUUCACUCCUUACUGGGCAAUUAAAAAGUUUAGUGCAAAUAAAAAAUUGUACGGAUACAGGAAAAAGAAUUUUAAUAACAGGUGGAUUAGGACAAUUGGGAAAAAAUUUAGCUACUAUACUUAGAGACAUCUUUGGUCAUAAUAAUAUUAUUCUUUCUGAUAUUAAUAAACUUGGUUAUGAAAAUAGACAUUUAGCACCAUUUCAAUAUUUAAAUAUAAUUGAUAAAAAUUCUAUUGAAGAAGCUGUUGUAAAUAAUGAAAUUGAUACAAUUAUUCAUUUUUCUGCUUUAUUGUCAGCUAUAGGAGAACAAAAUGUUCCACUUGCUUUACAAGUUAAUGGAACCGGUGUACAGAAUGUACUUGAAGUUGCAAGAACACAUAAAUUACAAGUUUUUAUUCCUUCAACUAUUGGUGCAUUUGGUCCUACAUCACAACUUGAUGAUACACCAGAUCUUACAAUUCAAAGGCCAAGAACUAUAUAUGGAGUAACAAAAGUUUAUGCUGAAUUACUAGGAGAAUAUUAUUAUGAAAAAUAUGGUGUAGAUUUUCGAUCUCUUAGAUUUCCUGGAAUAAUAAGUGCAGCAAAACCAGGUGGUGGUACAACAGACUAUGCUAUAAAGAUAUUUUUUGAUGCUAUUAAGUACGGUAAGCAUACAUGUUACCUUAAACCAGAUACAAAACUUCCAAUGAUGUAUGAUAGUGAUUGUAUGGCUAGUGUUGUAAUGUUUUUAGCAGCACCAAAAGAAAAGUUAUCAUUAAGAACAUAUAAUGUAACUGGAUUUUCAUUUACUCCUGAAGAAAUUAGUGCUGAGAUAAGAAAAAUAAUGCCAAAUUUUGAGAUUGAUUACAAAAUUUGUCCAAUACGACAAGGUAUUGCAGAAACAUGGCCAAGAAGUUUGAAUGAUUCAUUGGCAAGAAAUGAUUGGCAAUGGAAAGCACAAUAUAAUUUGAAAGAUACUGUAAAAAUUAUGUUUGAUUUAGUUGGUAAACAAAUUAACGGAGACUCUAACAUUUCUACUCAAACAAAAUUAUCAAAGUAA